UGCAACAACCAGCUCUGCACUUCACGCCAGAGGGACGACUCGAGUAGUCCCUGCCGCAACGCCUUCUUCGUCGGCCCAACCCACUCGACAAAAGGCCUUCCCCGAUCGCCGCUCACCACCUCGCUCUCUUCCUCCGGUUUCCCAGGCCGACGGCGGUGCCGCAGACAUGAGCGCUCCCCUCUCCGUGGCUCCGCCGUUCUCGGCUCGCCUUCGCGCCCCGAAGCGGGUCUCCGGGACCGGAGCGCCGAGGGCGGCGCUGCUUGAGGCCCGGCCUCGCGGCUUGCCGGCGGACGCCGGCGGCGGCGGCGGCGGCGGAGCGGCCCUGCGCGCGUCGGCCGCGGAUCGGGCGGCGGACAUUCAUGCCGAGUCCAGAGCCGUGGCUCGCGCCGUGAAUUCUCCGGUGUACAGCCCCGAGGUCCUCGCUCGCAAGUACGGUUCGCGUCCUGUUAAGGUCGCGCAAAGGGCUUUGGAUGUAUUGAUAGCUCUUGGCGUGUUUGCGUUGAAGCUCCUGAUCGAUCAAAGGUAUGGCCGGGUUGAUCAGAACAAGAGAAAGCGAGGUGCAGAGUUGAGGAUGAUAUUGACACGGUUAGGGCCUACAUUUGUCAAAAUAGGGCAGGGGUUGUCGACCAGACCUGAUAUCUGUCCUCCCGAGUACAUUGAAGAGCUCUCUCAACUUCAGGAUGCAUUGCCGACUUUCCCAGAUUCAGAUGCCUUUGCAUGUAUAGAGAGUGAACUGGAGCUGCCCCUUGAUUCAAUCUUCUCCUCCAUAUCCGCUACUCCAGUUGCAGCAGCAAGCUUGGGCCAAGUUUAUAAAGCUCAACUUAAGUAUUGCGGACAGCUGGUAGCUGUCAAAGUGCAACGGCCUGGUAUUCAAGAGGCUAUCGGGCUUGACUUUUAUCUUAUGAGAGGACUGGGGUUUCUUAUUAACAAGUAUGUCAGUGGCAUUACCUCAGAUGUUGUUGCCCUGGUUGAUGAAUUUGCACAAAGAGUGUAUCAAGAGCUCAACUAUGUGCAGGAGGGGCAGAAUGCAAAGAGGUUUAAAAAAUUGUAUGCUGACAAAGAAGAUAUACUUGUACCGGAUAUAUUCUGGGAUUACACUAGUGGCAAAGUGUUGACUAUGGAGUGGAUUUCUGGAGUUAAACUUAAUGAACCGGAUGCCCUAAAGAGGCAUGGCCUAAAGGUUUUGGAUUUAGUUAGCACGGGAAUACAAUGCAGCCUUAGACAAUUGCUCGAGUCUGGAUACUUCCAUGCAGAUCCUCAUCCCGGUAAUCUUUUGGCAACACCUGAGGGAAGACUCGCUUUUAUUGAUUUUGGGAUGAUGAGUGAGACCCCAGAGAAAGCCAGAUAUGCUAUCAUCGGUCAUAUUGUGCACCUGGUUAAUCGAGACUAUGAAGCUAUGGCUCGUGACUACUAUGCUCUAGAUUUUUUGUCACCUGAAGUUGAUGUUUCUCCCAUUGUGCCUGCAUUACAGAGCUUCUUUGAUGAUGCGCUUGAUGCAACUGUGAGCGAUUUAAAUUUCAAAGCGAUAGUGGAUGGUCUGGGUACUGUAUUCUAUCAGUAUCCAUUUACUGUUCCGGCAUAUUAUGCAUUGAUAUUCAAGUCACUUACUGUAUUAGAAGGCUUAGCACUACGUGCCGAUCCUAAUUUCAAGGUGUUGGCUGCAUCAUAUCCAUAUAUUGCUAAGACUCUCACUGAUCCAAAUCCAUAUCUUAGAGAUGCCCUCAUAGAGUUGCUGUUCAAGGAUGGGAGAUUGAGGUGGAACAGACUAGAAAACCUACUUGUCCAGGGUAGAAAAGACAGAGAUUUUUCAACCAAGGAUGCUUUACAACCUGUUUUGAGGUUGUUAUUAGAUCCAAAUGGCGAAGAACUUCGAGUUUUGGUCAUAAAGGAGGCUGUUCAUGUCAUGGAAGCUAUUGUCCUGGCAUCAGCUAUCGAUACUUACAACUCUAUUCCUUACUUUAUGAGGAUUUUGCUUAAUUCAGAUGCAAAUGGACCCUUUAUAAUGAGCGCUGCUGAACUGAAAACCCUGUUAGAUCUUCGAGAUCAGGUUUUUAGGAUAUGGGGCCUCUUGCAAACCUCUGAGAGUUUUGAUCCGCAGCUGCUACAGCCUGUUUUACAGGUUCUCCAGCAACCGGAGGCGCACGGCUUGGGUGUACGUCUUGCUGGUGGCGUUACCCGUCGUCUUGCAGCUAGAAUGCUCCAACAGGUACUGCUAACGACGUCAAAAUCUCCUGAUUUGGCUUUCUCGCCAGUGUAACGUCUUUAUUGGAAGGUAAUGUGAUAAAUUUUGGACAUUUUUAUACCAAAAAAUGAAAAUUGAGAUCUUAUUGUCAUUCUUCUUUUCUGUAAUAAAUUAGUCAAACGUUAGUACUCAUAGAAGAAUGCAGCAUAGGUUUGAUUCUGGGCUAGUAGAAUAAUACGCACGAGGCUUCACUGGGCCUUCUUCACUACUCUGUUGUUACUUCCACAUUUUCACUGCUGUAACCUGAAUAUGCAAAUUUGGCCUUAUGAAAUAUUAAAUAAUCUGUAUUGUUUUUCCAGAA